AUGGUUCCCGGCUCGCUACCUCCGGUGGUGCUCUACCACUAUGAGGCCUCGCCCAUAGCGCGCAAAGUGAGGAAUAUUCUCGCCGUCAAGCGCAUCCCCCACGUGCGAGUUGAGAUGCCCAUGACUUUGCCUCGCCCCGACCUCGCCGAUCGGUUGGGUAUCACGUAUCGGCGCAUACCAGUCUUGGCCAUAGGCCGCGAUGUCUACUGUGAUAGCAGCCUCAUUGCAUCCGUGCUUGAGCGUCGUUUUCCAGCUUCCGACGGUUUCGGAACGCUGUUCCCCAAGCGCAAAGGCUCAGACAGGACUGAUGCGGCCAUCAUCAAGCAGUACACUAUGAGCUAUGCAGACCGCGUCCUCGGCACUGUCGCAUCAUUUUUGCUGCCCUACCACAAGUUCAAGCCCGAAUUCCUUGCAGAUAGGACCGCGUGGUUCGGACAGAAGCUCGAUCCUUCUGCCAUGCAGGCCCGACAGCCACUCGGAAAGAGCUGGUUGAGCUCUCACCUUGCUCUUCUUGAGGAGCAGUUCGCAGAUGGCCGCGAAUGGCUGUUCGAUACUGAAACGCCUAGCCUUGCGGAUCUUUCUGUGCAUUAUGUCUGGGAAUGGUUGGCAAGCUUCAAGCCCAUGCAGCCCGCAGCAAAGGAGUUGCUGGAUGCUACCGUUUUCCCUGCCACUGUCUCAUGGAUUUCCCGCAUGACGGAACACACUGUAAAGGCUCAUACUGCUCACAAGUUCUCCAUACAAACUGUGUCUGGUGAGAGGGCGGCGGAGAUAAUCACGUCUUCCGCUUUCGAGGACCUUUCGGGCAUCGGGUUCGAUGAGACCGAAGGUACUCGCCUAGGUGUUCAAUUGUCACAGCUCGUCUCAGUCACUCCUGACGACAACGGCAAGGUGCCCACUGUUGGGAGACUUCUUGCUCUCAACAAGGAACAGGUGGUGAUUGAGACUGAGGGCUCCGCUGGGACGGUUCGCUGCCACUUUCCCAGAAUCUACUACGUGGUGCAGCCCGCGGCUAGUGCAAAGCUAUAG